ACAAAUUACAUCUUCAAGUUCACGUAGAAACAUUCAGCUUGUUGGUAACUAACUUUUAAAUAUUCGUAUCCAUUGUCACGUAUCAUCCUUCGGUGAUUUAAAUGCUGGUCGCACAGUAUGAGAGAUAGUCUUUUUUUUUCAAUUUAACUCUCAGAACGAAAAUUGCACUUAACAUUUUUCAUUCCUUUGAAUUAAAAUCUACUAAUGGAUAUAAUUAGUCUAUUUGGAAUUUUAAUAAAUCGACUGGAGAAGUACAUUGAAUAAUUUUUAACUGUGCGGUACACGAAGGUGAAUAACAUAUGGGAUUUGCUAAUUGACGCGUGUGAAUGACUUCAGUGGAAUAACAAGUCUCGCGAGACUUAAGGAAAUAUUUUCAAUCUAACGUAGUACAUGGAAAUCUUUGUUAUCGUUACAUUGACAUCUUCGUUAAUCGACGAAUUUUUGCGAAAACGAUUACAUCCCGUUAUAAUUGCAUAAAUUAAUAAAUACGUAACAACUGAAUAUCUGUUCGAGCAAAAUAAUAUUUUACUGCUACUAGGAGAAUGGGAUUUAGGAAUAUUGCCCUUUGCGCGAAGGUUUUAGCUCAUUCGACCAUUAAGAAAGUGAAAGUUCGCUUCUAUUGGACGGAUAUUUUCCUAAUAAUAAUAUGAAUAACAAUAGAUUUAAAAGAUUACACGGUUUUAUGUUUUUGCGAAUCUCAUCCGGUGCGUUAAUACUCGAUGUGGCCUGGAAUACCUGAACUCAUCGUGACUCACAAAAAUAUUGAACACGUAUGAUAUUUGAAAAAUUUAUGAGACGCGACUGUCGUAAAUACAUUAAAAGAAUUCGGUUUUGAAAUGUGCGCAGGGAUUACUUCCCGUGUGUUCGUACCAGAACCUCGUUGUCAUUGAUAGUACAUAAAUUGUCUGAUUUAUGUGAAACUUCAGCAGCCCGACGUCUGACGAUUACAAUACUAAAGAAGUUUCGCGGUGUCCAUGAAAAUUUUCUAUGGUCCGAAUGGUUUCAUCGGGAAACUCGGUGAAAAAUGGUUUCGAGGCGGAAGAUUCUGUCUCGAUCGAGGGACAAUCUCGUCGAAUCGCAGUAUGAGGACCAAGAGGAAGAGGACGUGUGGUAUAAUCUCGAUAAACUGUACAAGGACCACAUUCAAGAGGUACUGGACAAAUGGAACCAGAUCGACGAUGAAAUUUGGGCCAAGGUAAUCGUUUUCGAAAGGAAUCGAAGGGUAGCAAAAGCUUACGCCAGAGCACCCGUCCUUACGAUCAAUGGAUCCAACGAUGGAUUCGAUGGUUUCAGGAUAGGAUUGUGCGGCUUUGAGAAUCCUAUGAGAGACCAAAAGACGGAGGAAGCGAAAAAACAUAUAAACCAAGGUGUAAAGAUCAAGAUGGACGAGCAGGGGAAUAUACUAAUAAAAAGGCUGUGUAAAAAUAACGUUUACAUAAAGUCGACCAGUCAGGAAGACAACGCAAUUGGAGCAGAAAUUGCACGGAAUUCUCAAGGAGCGUUAGAACACGAGAAACCGGGGAAAGUGUUCGAAAUGAACAAAUUUCAAGCGAAUCUUUCCCGAGAAACUCGAAGAGCGUACCCGGACAGAAGAAGACUGGAGAUGCAGUGCCUAAGCGCGAUUGUCUUCGUUAGAACCGAACCGGAUCUUCUUCAGUGUCCCGUUUGGGUUCUCAUUGUAAACGUCGUCGGCUUGGACAUGUUAAAGUCCAAGUUACCACCAGUUCUAGCUCUACAAAGGCCGGUGGAUAUUAAAAAUCGGCCUAGGAUACCGAUCCCUGAUGAGGAUCCGUACAGUGUAGCAGGAGUCUCGUCUUCAAUCGGAGUUCCCGAGUCAUUCCCACAGGACAGAGAGUCCCGAGAACAGAUCUACCCUCAAGCGUCGAGUAGACACAGAAGAGCCGAAAGACCACCAAAACUGCCGCCAAGAGAAAAUCUUUACGGCCAUGACAUACCCAAGCCUGAUUACGACGACAUAGAGGAUGACUAUGCUAGAAAGCCUGUCAUAACGAAUGACGACAAGAGAAGUAGAAACGAUGACAAAAAGAAAUACGACGAUCCGUAUUAUUGUGGAUUACGCGCUCGGGUUCCUAAUUUCGUGAAGAUGGCGAAGAAUAGUAAAAUAUCAACGAGAGGAUAUUCUAGACCUCCUCAUAACCAAGCACCCACCUACGCUGCCGCAGGAUAUGCCAGCAGUCAAUCUUCGCAAAUCUAUGGCCAUUUACCCGGGAACCGACCACCUAUUAUGUACCAUGCACGAAGCUUCGAAAGUGGACUCGAUUCGGAUGGUAGAAACGAAUCGCCGUAUCAUCAUAUAUACGGAAGGUUUCCCGUACCAACCAGAGGCGUGAUCCCACCCUCACCUAGAGCCAUGUAUAUUGGAGAUUGGGAUUAAAGAUAGACGAAAUUAACAAAAAUUAGAUGAUAUGCGAAACGAAUGUUCGAUAAGAGAACAAGCCAAUAUCACCAAAUGCUGACGUCACGGAAGAUAACGUAACAGUACACGAAGGAGGACAGUUGGAGGAGACUUAUGCGUAAGAAGAGCACACGUGUCGGUUAAGAAUAGAAUAAAAUAAAGACUACGUGCAAGAACAUAACAAUUAGGUACAGAAUGAGCUAAAAGUGGAAAAAUAAUAUGAAAAGGAAGAAACUAAUCUUCCGUUUGUACCUAUAAACUGUAUAUUGUUAAUGUACUACUUGAAAUACUCAAAUUUUUAUUGCAAUAAAAUUGUAGAACAAUG